AUGGAGAUGGGGAAUUGCAGUGAGCCGACUGAAUUCAUUCUCCUUGGACUUUCGAGCAACCCUUCUGUUCAAACUCUCCUUUUCUGCUUGUUCCUGACCAUCUAUGUGUCCUCGUUGGUUGCCAAUGGGCUCCUCAUCAUGGCCGUGAAGAGAGAUGGCCACCUCCACAGCUCCAUGUACUUCUUCCUGGCCAACCUGUCCAUCAUGGAUAUCUGCUACACCUCGGUUAUCGUCCCAAAGGCUUUGGUGAAUUUCCUUGGGGGGAAGAAAAGUAUCAGCUAUAAUGGCUGUGUCCUCCAGAUCUUUUUCUACCUCUUCCUGGGUGAGAGUGAGUGCAUUCUCCUGGCCUUCAUGGCCUACGAUCGCUACAUUGCUAUCUGCAGCCCCCUGAGUUACAGCACUGUUCUGAGCACAGCGGUCUGUGCCAGGAUGAUCAGUGCCUCGUGGGUGGCUGGCUGUCUCAUAUCUGCACUUGACGUUGGCUUUAUAUAUCGGUUGACCUUCUGCGGACCGAACACAAUUGACCAUUUCUUUUGUGAGGUUCCAUCCUUGAUACAACUCGCCUGCACUGACGUCACCAUCAAUGUCAUCCUGAUGUUUGCUGGAGGUGCCAUACUGCUGCUCCUUCCACUUCUACUCAUUCUCUUUUCUUAUGUCCAAAUUUUCAUUGCCGCCAAGCGGAUAAGCUGUGGGAGAUAUAAAGCCUUCUCCACCUGCACCGCUCACUUGAUUGUGGUGGUGCUGUUCUACGGUACAGCUACGUUCAUGUAUAUGAGGCCCAGACAUUCGGCUCAGCAAACAGAUAAAAUAGUAUCAGUGUUUUAUACAGUUGUCACCCCAAUGCUGAACCCCCUGAUUUACAGCCUACGCAAUAGAGAGGUUCAUGGAGCGCUCAGGGGGUUGAGAAGAUCCUCUGCCUCCCCGUGUCACAGAUAA